CCACCACGCCCGUUUCCACCUCACGCCGCCAACUCGAGCUGCUCGCCAUCAGGCCAAGCUCCGCCGAGACGCCUUCUCGGCGCGCGUGUGACAGGUGACGUCUCGACGUCGCGCGCUGCUUUUUUGCCUUUCGCCCGCCGCUGCGAACGCGCAUGGCGGCCGCUCCACUUGGCGCCGCCGCGGCGGGGGUGCUGCUUGUCGUCCCACAUCCACCGGCGUCGGCCUCGCUGCUGCCACUGCCGCUCGCGCCUCUCGCAUCGCCAUCUUCGCCUCUCACAGCAUCCGCCGCGCCAGCCAUCUCGUCGCUGCAGCUCGCCCACCCGCUCGCCGCCGACCAGCCCACGGCCGCCACGGCCAUCCGCGCCCUCUCCGCCGCGCUGCUCCUCGCCGCCGCCGCUGCGUCCAGCUCCAGCGCAGGCGGCUCUGCAAGCGCACACAGCAGCUACGACGCAGACGAGGCUGUGACGCCGCACCGCGCGGCCGAGCAGCCAGCGCUGCGGCCCAGCAGCAUGCACCGGCACACCUCCGUCGACGCUCGCACAGAAUCAGCAGAGAGCAGUGCUGCCGGCGCCGCCGCGGCAGCAUUGCAAGCGCAGAGCUCUGCCAUGUCCGACGCAGCCUCUCCUCCUCGGCGCAUCUCGCUGCUUGCGCUGCCCGCCGAGCUGCUGCAUCUCAUCUUCUCGCACCUCCUGCCUCGCGCCGACUCCUCCGUCUACCCCGCCGCCAGCUGGGCCACGCUGCCGCCGACGCACGCCUUCAUUCACCUCGGUGCGCCUCAGGCCCUGCGCCCUCUCCUCGCGCUCUCUCUCGUCUGCCGCACCACGAGCGCUGUUGCACUGCCGCUGCUCUACGCCGCUCCCACACUCGAGCGUACGCGGCAGGCUCGGCUGCUAGCUCGCACACUGGCGCUCUCGCCCUCGAGUGCCACGCUCGCACACGCCAUUCGGCACCUCAUCUUCCCGCAGGACGGCCUGCUGUAUGCGAGCGAUCAGCUGGCGGAUCAGCAGGCAUGGGCCACCUCGCUCGGCGCCAUCUUCAAGGCGGCACGCUCUCUCCGGAGCGUGUGGAUCACCGCGCGCCCACAAGGAUGCAGCCUGGCUGCGUUUCUCGCGCCGGGAGUGGCGGCUAGGCCGAGUCGAGUGACGAUCAACAGUUUCAGUCCAUCGCCGGUGCCGCUGCACGAAUUCGACCUGUCGCCCUUGACGCAGGUGACGCAUCUGCAUCUCAUUCAAGUGCUGCCUGCUCCCGAACUGCUCGCCCUCUUUGCGGGACAGGCGCAGCCGGCUGCGCCGCAGAAGAGAGAGGCAAGUACAGCGGUGCAAGCUGCGCCAGGCAGCUACGCUGCCAUCGCGGCGGCAGGACAGCGGGCCAUGCCAGCUUCGUCCGAAGCAGAAGGAAGAGCAGGACGCACCUCUAGCCUCGCCUCGCCGCCAACUGCAGCGACUGCAGCAAGCCCCGCCAUCGUGCUUCCGCAACCGCCAUUGACUCAUCUUCGGCUCUCCUCACUGCCGCCAUUCACGCUGCACGACUUUGCCGAGUACGUCACCUAUCGUCGAGCUUUGGCCGCACACGCCGCCCUGCCCGCCUCGGUGGCUCUGCAAAGCAAUCCGCCAAGCGCGCCUGCACGGACUACAAGCUCUGCACUCAAGGCACAGGCGGCGCUGUACGAGCUUGCACUUUGCGUGCGGCGCAUGCCGGCAUUGCGGCGCCUCACGCUGGAGCUCAGUUCUCUCGGCACACUCGAUGAGCCCGAAUGGGCCAUGCAGCCUUCUCUCUCCGCCACUGCGAUUCUCGACGGCACCGGCGGCCCUGGCUCGCCGUACGAGGCCUCGACGGGCCAGCUGGCCACGCUCGACUUCCCAGCAGACGUGCCUGUCACGCUGGCCGAGGCGCGCGAGUGGGCUGUGCGCGAGACGGAGAAUGCGCGUGCCAACGAGCGCAGCCGCACGGCGCCGCGCGAUGCAUACUGGCUCGACGUACGCAUGGGGCUCGAGGCGCUCCGGGAGCUCGUGGCGCAGGCGAGCGAGAGGGAGGAAGUCGAGGUCAGACUGUGUGCGGCGCGGCCGGGCGGGUGGGAUCGACAUGAAGCGAGGGCGGAAAGCGCCGCCAUGGUCGCUGCUGCUUCCGCUGCGUCGUCAUCGUCGAGCAAGCUGCUCAACCACGCCGGUAGCCCAUCGGCACGGGCAGCACGCAGAGUCUCGGCGGAGAAGACCGAGGCAUACUACGCACGAGCUCGCGCCUCGGUCGACGGCAAGCCCUCUUCGCACGCAAUGCAGGCGCAGCAAGACGCCGCCGCCGACAAUUCUGACGACGACGGCACCUCCUUCUCCGACCCCGACAUCUUCGAGCUGGCCGAGACGCGUCCGCUGUUGGGCUACCAGAGCAGCACGGCCAGCCGGCGCGGCAGCGCGGCGCUGUCUGCGGCCGCACACAUGUCCACCGCGAUGGCUGCGUCGAGCUCGAGACCGAGCAGCGGAGAUGAGAACGCGGAUCGCAGGACGACGCUCUGGUGGACUGGCGAAUUGCCGCGCAUCAAUUCGGGCCGCGAUUGAAGGCCGGCGUGACAUGAGGCCUCCCUGCGACUUUCCUGUCUGGUGUCUUCCUCGCCCUCUCUCCUCUGUCGUUCUCUCGCUUGGCUCCGCUCGCAACGACCAAGCAGCCUCGGACGGGCAUCCAUCGUUGCCUCCGCUCGCGCAUCGCUCACCUCUGCCUGCACACUCCUCUGCUCCUUCCGUCCCCCGCGUCACCUGUUCCUCUCCUCACUGGCUUCACUCUUGUCCUUCAUCUCUCACGUCCGCAGCUCCAUGUUCCUCCUCACUUCCCGCACCUCGCAUGUCCUCUGCAUAUUCCCGCCAACCCUCAUCGCACACUUCAAUGCAUCUCUCGCUUCGUCA